AUGGAGCUCAAGUGCCUUUUGAUGUGGCUCUUGCUUAGAUCCAUCAAGGGGCACAAAGCAGAAGGAUGCCCAGCUCUUCCAAGGAUCGAGUUUGCUGAUGUUACUGCGGAAAGAUAUCCACUGGAGACCAUACUGUACUAUGACUGUGACAGUGGCUAUGGAAGGAAAGGUGGCCGGUACAUGGGAGUUCUGUGUCAGAGGGACAAGCAGGGCACGUCCUGGAAAUACCCAGAAUUUAAGUGCAUUGAAAACAAAAUUUUGUUGUCAAUGGCUCCUGCAAUGGACUUGCAUGUUACACAGAGGCCUGAGAGAAAACCACAGAGCCCUCCACCCCAGGAGCAGGAAAACCCUCCAGAGUUUGACCAGAAAGAUUUUUGUGGUCCUCCCAGGACUUUCCCACAUGCCUUCUUAAGGAAGAAAGGACGUUAUUUCGUGGGACAAGUCCUGCACUUCAAGUGCCAGAGAGGUUAUGAGCAGAGAGGCCCCAGCUCUGGCACCAGCACCUGCAGGAAGGUCAAUGGCCAGAUCAGCUGGACCCACCUGGACAUGCGAUGCACCAAU